GUAAAAAUCAGAAGAAGAAGAAGAAGAAGAAGGGAACAGUCUGCCGUCGCAGUUUCCAUGAGUACUGCACGUGUGUAAGACAGAUGAGUAUUUCUGUUGCAGCUGGAGUUAGGCGAGCUAUCUCUUAAUCCUGAAUCAACGUGUUAUAAGUGGCGCCCGAAUAUUUGGUCUCUGGCCUCGGAUUUAUCGUGUCGUCUACACGGAUGCAGAGUGAUCGAAGUCGCCGCGGACACUAUGAAUCUCAUGACAACGUGGGUGAGCGGUACAGGGUCGGUUACAGCACGUGUGAGCAGUCCGACGACGCGGCGGACAUUUUGUGUUGCAGAUACGAGGGAUUCGUUUUCACACGUUUGUGGGUUUCUAAGGGACACGAAACAAUCUCUGUAUGAUUUGAUGCACAACUCGGACUGUGGUUUAUUUUGUUAACGGGAACCGUGACUGUAAGUGAGCUGUGAUUUCUUUCUCGUUUCCUAAGUUCGAUCGUGGGGAUUUAUUUGUAAGUGCUGAAUCGGAAACGUUUUGUAUUGGAUUUAUGCUGGAAUUGAACUGUUGUUGAGACAAAAUUUAUAAACUUUGAACUUUUCUACAGCAGGUUCCGCCAUGAUAGCUGCCUGGGUUACGUAUGUGUGGGGCGGAGCUAUCAAAACAGGGUGACACCCAUUUGGGUUAGGCUGCUUCCGGUUUUGACUGACGUGCACAAGAAGCCCCUCCUCUCGAACAGUAUCCAUAUUAUAUUUGUUAAUGUUGUCAAUGAUUAGGAAUUGUAGCUUCUCAUCAUCUUAAAGUCUCUGGAGCUUGAGGUAUUAUUUCACAUGGUGAUUUAUGUCCACUCACACACCCACAGACCUCAGCUCUACAUUGGCUUGCUAAAGUUUUUUUCUGAUCCAGUAAUGAUCCUGGAGACACCUAUAGUUACAUCUAUUAAACUAUUUUUAAUAGAUGUAAUUAUUUAAAUGUAAUUUAUGAUUUUAAUAGAUGUAAUUAUAUAUUUUUGAUAUUUGUAAUGGAACAUCCACCUGCGUGACCUCACUUUGUUGGAUAAGAGCGUCUGCCAAAUGCUGUAAAUAUUAUGGUUUCAGCUAAACCAGUUCCACUGGAAAUUCAUUUCAAACCAACACUAACAUGAAACUAACCAUGACACACCUCUAUAAGUAAAGAUCAGCAAAGUUCACGUGCCUAAAGUUUUCCUGUAAUGUUUUCUGCAGUAAUCUCUCAACAGAUUACCAGUUCUAGUAAAUGGGCACGACACAUAACAAGAAUGCUGUGUUACAGGGUAAACAACUCCUGAAGACUCUACCAUGUUAUCACACUUACUGACUGUUCAAAAGCAAUGAAAGCUCUGUCCAUAAGAAUUCACAAUAUCAAUGAGGGGGGUUACAGUAUUUACCAACAUAAACAUGACAAAACCAAGGAGGAAAUCGUCAAAUUUGAAAAAUACUGCACAUCAUCUGAUUUGAGAAUUCAACUCCACGUGUUAUAAAUCGUGUACUCAAAAAACAAUGUAAAAUGUAAAAAGAGGCAUUUCCUGAACUGCUAUUCAGUAAGUUGCUACACAAAUACAUCAAAAAUAAAUGUCUAUUAUGUUAAGGUACACACCUGCUUAUUUUUUUUAUUAAACAUGAACAAAUAUCUACGUAAUGCUUAAACUAUUACAAUUGUGUGUUGGUGACUGGAUUACUGUGUAUUGAAUAGGCAUGUUUUCUGGAGGGGAACAUGAUAAAAAAAAAAAAACAAAUACUGGUAUAUUGUGUAAUGAAAUAAAGCCACUCACAUACACAUGACAUUCAAGAUUGAUUCUAUUUACAUCCACACAUCUAUCUCCAAAGUGCCCUCAUUGAUCUGCAUGCAAAAUUGGCUCUGCCCCAUUUUAGGUGUGGUGUAGACUGUUAUGUGUAUAUAAAAGGAAAUGGAACACGCAAAACAGGAAAAUAUUUUGUUUUUGGCAAUGGCUCACUGUACUUUAAUCAAUGUUCUGAUCUGGAAUUCGUUUUCUGUUCAUCUGUCUUAUGCAGUCACACAUACACUGCAGUACAUACACACUGCCGUCACACCAGGAAUAAAUUUACCAGAAUACAUUGAUGUUGGUCUGGUUGAUGGAGAGCCAUUUGUGUACUAUGACAGUAACAUAAAGAAAUACAUCCCAAAAACUGAGUGGAUAAAGAAGAUCACUGAUUAUGAUACAGACUACUGGAGCAGUGGGACACAGAAUCAGAAUGAUGAACAAGAGAUCUACAAAGAUGAUGUGAUUACACUAAUGAGGCGCUUUAAUCAGACUGAAGGGGUUCACACACUACAGAGAAUAUAUGGAUGUGAGCUCCAUGAUGAUGGGACUGUUAGAGGUUAUGAGCAGUUAGCUUAUGAUGGAGAAGAUUUUAUCAGUCUGGAUCUGGAACAUGUCACCUGGACUGCAGCCAAACCUCAGGCUCUUAUCACCAAAAACAAACUGAAUACUGCAGGAGCUGCUACUUUUGAAAAAUUAUAUUUGGAGAACAUCUGUAUUGAGUGGUUACAGAAGUAUGUGUCCUAUGGCAGAGAGACUCUGGAGAGGAAAGCUUGUCCUGAGGUAUCCGUCUUCCACAAACACUCGUCUCCAGAUGUGGUGUGUCACGCUACAAGUUUUUACCCUGAAGAAGUAAUGAUCACCUGGCAGAGGGAUGGAGAGAACAUGCAUGAGAAUGUGGAGCUCAGAGAGACGUUACCAAACCAGGAUGAAAGCUUCCAGAAGAGAAGCAUACUGAGAGUCUCACCUGAGGAUCUACAGAAACACAACUACACCUGUGUGGUUCAGCACUGCAGCCUGGACAAGGAGAUAGUGAAGAUCCUCCUGAGGGAUGGGGGAUCUGCUGCACUGCGUAUUCAUGUGUAUUCAGCAAGUUUUCUUGCUGCAGUCUUGGUUUUUGUUGGAUUUCUCAUCUGGAAGAAAAAACCUGACUUCAAACAAGUUCCACAAAACAUGAGCCCCUCUGAAGAAAAAACACAACAAGAAGUCUGACUAUCUUCUGAACUAAGAGAGAGUCCAGAAAACAUAGUGAACUCUACAGGGCUGCCACCAAUCUCUCCAUUUUACUCUCUGUGUUUCUUCUCAUUUUAUAAAACAAGGCUUGUCUCUGCAACUUUUACAUUUAUAUUGAAAAGUAAAACUCACAAAACCCAGAUGAUUAAAAAUUAUAAUAAUGGAAGACUGAAAGCCGAUGAAUAUGAAUUAAUAAUCAGAAUGUUUAAAUUGAAUUGGAUAAAAAACAA